UUUACAUAAACCUGCGAGCCCGUACCUGCAGCCAUUAUGCUCCGUGGCCCCAAGGAGCGCACUCAGUGCGCCACAGGGACAACCAAAAACCUAUAUGUAUUUCGGAUAAAUAAGGGAAAACUUUUGCCCCUUUUAAAAGUAGGGCACGAAUUAAACGUUAUUGCACGCAUUUCCUCUUACAGGAAUUAUAGAUCACAAAUCGAAUUUUCUUUACACAUAAUUGCUUGACCGCCCCUCUUCCUACAGGGGUUACAACAUGUCAAAGUCAGCCGAUUCGUAUAACGACUCUGAUUGUGUCUGUUCCUUUGGGAUGCAGUUAACCUGGGAUAUUAACGACCCGAAGCUGCCACAGGAUAUCAAACAGUACGACGCAUUCCAAGAAUGGACGGAUGGUUAUGUUCGGUUCAUAUACAGCAGUGAGGAGAAGAACGCACAGCGACACCUCAGUGGUUGGGCGAUGCGGAACACGAACAACCACAACUGCCAGAUUCUCAAGAAGUCGUGCCUUGGCGUUGUCGUCUGUGGCAGGAAUUGCUCUCUCGCCGACGGCAGCAAAAUACAGCUCAGACCAGCUAUUUGCGACAAAGCACGCCAAAAGCAACAGAAGAAGGUCUGUCCCAGCUGUGACUCACCUCUGGAGCUCAUGCCUUGCAGGGGACACAGUGGCUACCCUGUCACAAACUUCUGGAGGUUGGAGGGAAAGGCUGUGUUCUUUCAGGCUAAAGGAGUGCAUGACCACCCCAGGCCAGAAAGCAAAUGUGAGACAGACGCCAGGAGAACCGCGCUGAAAAGGAGGAUGUCCUCCCCACAGUUCACUCAUAAAAAGAGGCUUCUGGAAGCAGAGGCGGGGAGGUUCCAUGAUCCUGGCAGCCCCUUCCCCAGUCUGCAGCACCUGUCCUGCGCUGAGGGCCCAGAUCGCUUCAGCAUAAUGGAGCACAGCUUCCCCCUGCAGCCGCAGCCCUACCCGGCCUUCCAGAACCCGGACCCGUACCGCUUCAGCUACGACCCCACAGCGGCCCCCGCAGAGCCGCUCUCCCCCCUGCAGAACAGCGCCGGCCACCGGCUGUACGUGCCGCGCCCGCCGUACGGAUACGACUUCGCCGUGCCCAGCUACUUGGGCUCAGGCUCCUACGCGUCGCUCUACAAGGAGCCCUGCAGCGCCCCGAUGGGGGAGGGCGAUUCCAGCAAGGUCGGAACCGGGCUGCCCCUGUCUCAACAUGGGGCUGCCUUCCUGAGUGCUCACGAAUGCGGCUACACCCCGCCAGGAAAACCCCAGGGCUGGAAGUCGGCCUUGGGCAGGGUGGGGCACGGGGAUCGGGGCGAUUAUGUGCAGACUCCCUCAGGGCCCAACCACCAUUACUACAACGGCGAGUACCUGUACAGGUACCCUGGGGGCGGCUCAGGGCCUGCCGCCCCCCCGGCCUCCACCCCAGCCCUGCAGACGGUCAUCACUACCACCACCAAGGUCUCCUACCAGCCCUGUAGUCCCCCCAUCGCCAAGUAUGGCGACAACCUCUACGACGUGAAAAGUGCCACCAGCUGCGACUCUCUGCGAGAAGCUGACUCGCCCGCUUCCUACCCUGACCUGAAGCUUCCAGAGGCGCCAUCAAAUCCGGAGUCCGGAGUCAUCAAAUCCGCCGUCUCGUAUGAGCAGGAAUCAUCGCCCGCCAAGCUGGAGAGGGGGGAGAGCCUGGAGGCCUAUCGGUGUGGGAGCUAUUCGUCCUACAGCUACCCAGAACGCAUUGUGCACUCCUUAAAGUAUGACUGUGGAGAGUACUGAUUGGUCACGAAAAUAUGCAGAAUCCACAGUUCUGUUUCAACAAAUUUAAGCCAAAGGAACUGUAACAUGUGUUGCUAUACUGGAUGACAAGAAUAGUUGUAAAAUGUAUAAGUUGAACAAUACAAUCAUCCUUUUUAUGGUUUCAUCUUUAUCAGAAAACAAAGGCCAGUCAUCCCUUUUCUUACUGCGAGUUGUGAAUUUAUUUAGUGGCCACAGAUAUUUAUUGAAAAACUUUACAAAGGUGAAAAAUAUUGAGUUCAUUUACAAAUUCAAACAAUAGAUAAAGUCAAUGACAUUUGACUUGAAUUUGGCCCAAUGUUUGUCAAUAUACAAUAUAAAUAGUGUACAUAUUGCUUCCUAUUUAUAUGCCAGAAUUGUGUAAAUAAUUUUGGAUGGAUAGCUUUGCUGUUUUUCUAAAAAGCCAUGAAGAAUCAAAAUUAAUUAAUCUGCAUACACACAGGCAUGUACCCUACUCAUUUCAAUGAGGGGAUAAUUAUCCAGGUUUUUCAAUGCAUAUUUUUAAGAUUAUCAUUAUUUUUUCAUUCACAAUGAGUUUUGUUGUUUAAUUAAAACUUUAUAUGAAAACAGAAAUAUUGAAAAUAUACUAUUUAUUUCAGUUCUAUUUCAAUACUUUUUUUGUGAUUUUGAACCAAAAAGUAAUUGGAAACUCUGCUAUACAAACUCAUGUUGAUUAUGGCCAAUACAUACAACCAACAUAACAAGAUGAGCCAUUCCUAUAUCAUUAAAUAGGCUGUGAAGGACUUGAUGGCAGUAUGCUGGGUAACAUGCUUGUCCAAUUGUCUGUCAGCAUUCAAAUAAAUAGACCCCCCCUCCCCAA